AUGUUCGCCAAAUUCCGCCAACAACAGCAGCAGCAGCAACAGCAACAGGGAGGGGAUUCAUCACCGUGGGAAUCAGAGGAACCGGAACCGACCGAGCUGAACCCGAGCAAGUGCGGGCAGCGGUUACUUCUUAGCAAGGACAAGCUAAGCGUCACGUACACGGGCAACGGCACGCACAACAACGACGUUGGUGCCAUCCAGGCGAAUCGCGCGGCGCCUAGCCAGCGCGCGAUCUACUACUUCGAGAUUGUCGUGAAGGACCGCGGCACGCGCGGGUGUGUGGCCGUUGGGUUCGCGGACGCGAGCUUUAAGACGUGCCGGCAGCCAGGGUGGGAGGCGAGCAGCUACGGGUACCACGGGGACAACGGCAAGGUGUAUCACAACAGCGGGCGCGGGGAGGCGUACGGGCCCGAGUUCACCACCAACGACGUGGUGGGCGCGGGCAUCAACUACGGCACACACGAGAUCUUCUUCACCAAGAACGGCAAGUCGUUGGGGCCGGCGUUUCGGGAUGUGAAGGGCGAGCUGUUCCCCACCAUUGGCCUGCACAGCCCCAAUGAGAGGGUGGAGGUCAACUUUGGUCAGAAACCUUUCCUCUUUGACGUUCAGGGUAUGGUGAUGGACGAGAGGACCAAGGUGCAGCGGUCCAUAGACCGCAUCCCCUUGUCGCCACACAUCACACACAGCAUAGUGCGCUCAUACCUGCUCUUUCAUGGCUAUGCUGACACGCUUGCUGCCCUCGAUGCUGCCAGCAAUCCGACUCCUGCCACAACCCCUGAUGCUGCUGCUGCUGCUGCUGCUGCUGGUGCAUGCGGGGUUGCAAACGGAGCCGUAGAGCCUGCUUCCCUGCUGCGACCGUCAGCAACUGCUGCUGCGGGUGGGGGAGAUGGAGUGGGAGGAGGGGGCGCAGAGGGGAGUGUGAGGGGGAGGGAGACGGCUUCUGGGCCUGAGCCCAUGGAAGUGGCACCAACAGGGAUGGACGCUGCUGCAGCAGCUGCUGCUGCUGGGGCUGCAGAUGGCGGUGCUGCAGGUGCAAAAGCUCCAGGCAACACGCUCUCAACGCAAGGAGCAGAAGCAGCAGCAGCAGCAGCAGCAGGGCGGGCAAGGGCGCCUAGUGUGGGCUCGCCUUCAUGGGACACUGUGCUAUCAGGCACGCUCGCCUUCCGAGCUCAAGUCAGACAGCUGAUACGAGCGGGGCACAUGGAUGCAGCACUGAACAAGCUCUUUGAAGUGCUGCCCCAGCUGCUGCAGAACGAUAGUGCAGGAGUCACGUUUCUUCUCCGAACCACCAAGUUUGCAGAGAUCGUUCGGUCGGGGUCGCUAGAAGCAGCGCUGGCGUAUGCGCGUUCGGAGCUCUCAGGGUUCCGAGGCCGCUCACCGGACCAAGACGCGCUACUGGAGGACUUUCUUGCGCUCUUGGCAUAUCCGGACGCCACCACCAGCCCCCUCGCGUACCUGUUGCACCCCUCGCAUCGAGACGCAGUAGCAGACCAAGUCAACACCGCAAUCCUCUCUGCCGCUGCUGCUUCGUCCACCCACUCCCUUCCCUCCCCUCCCUCCUUGCUCUCCCCGUCCGGCCCUCUUGAUAUGUCCGCGUCUGGUGCUGAUGCUGCCGCUGGUGCUGCUGCUGGUGGUGCUACUGGUGCUUCCGGUGCUGCUGGUAGUGCUGGGGAGGGUGCUGUUGACAAGGUUGCUUUGGACUCGAGGGAUUAUGCACUUGCCAUGUCAGACAGAGCCGGUAGCAGCAGCAAUGCGAGUGGGUCGUUGGCAGGGGCAGUGGGGAGAAUACCAGGUCAAGCGUGUGGUGAACGAGGAGAAGUGGUGGACGGGACGGGAGUCACGGGUCUGUUGCGUUGCCAGCAGGACGGCAGGGCGAGCUGUUCUGCCUGCAGCGCAUGCUGGGUGGAGGGAAGGAUGGAGGGGUGUGGUGAACGAGAGGAGGUGGUGGAAGUGCUGGAAAGGAAGGGAUGGGGUGGGGAGAGGAGCAGCCGGAAAGGGGUGGAAGGAGGAAAGGGAGACACCACAGGAGGCAGGGAAGAGGAAGAGCGGGUUGAAGAGAGGGGAUGA